UAAGUUGAAGUAAUAUUGCAUGAAAUACAAGUCAACAUUACGAACAUUAAAUGCAGUAUUGCUAGGAAAAUCAUAGCAUAUGAACAGCUACAGGAAUGGGCAGACAUGCCAUUAAUAGAUCUUCAUAGUCCCGUAAGGACAGAGAUGUAGCUGGAGAGACAGAAGAGACCAAUUUAAUGGCCGCCAGGCUUGGUGAUGAAAAAUAAGACCCAAAAAUUAGGUAAACAAGGUUAGCUCUGCAAGUUUCAACAAACCACCUUACAAUGCACUUCCAAGAGCCUCCCAUGCAAUUCUUAGAGGAAAAUUCCAUGGCCUUUAAGAGGAAAACAGCAUUGUCAUAUCUUAAAUAACCACAAAUGAAAAAAAGAAGAGAGACUCGUGGAAGCCAUAAAAGUAUAUGCUUACCCUAUCCUCAUGCGGUAUGGAUUUAACCAAAUAGAAACGGCUACUUAAGUCGCCGCGAAAAGUUCACCUAACUCACUCAAAUCCUGACUAUAAGAAGAGCAACACUCUUCUCACUUCUUCAUCAAUCACUGCUAACAUAUCUCAUCUGCUAGCUUUGUAGUCAUAAAAUGGCUUCCAAAUCACAGUUCUCUCUUCUCGCUCUCGUUGCCCUGCUUGCAAUAUCCGGGCAAGUACUCGCAGGGCGUCAGAUUCCGAAUAAUGUGGAUGUGAAACAGCCUGAUUUCCUGAUAUCUGACAACAGUUUUCUCAUUCCAGGCAUUGGACGGGUGCUGGUUCCACCAACUCCCAGCUUUCCUUCUUAUGAUCCACAUAUGGGCAUUGGUAACUAUAGUCCAGGUGGAGACGAUACAUUCCCUCCAAUUCCUAAUGGUGGUGUUUCAACAGUAAACCACCCUUGAGAGCAGUAUGUGGGCUGCUGCUUUUUAAUAAAAAGCUAUGCUAGUUGCAUUUGUUUUAUCUUUUAAUCAAGUAUCCUAGAUGCAUGAAUUUAUGUAAUGUUGUUGCAAGGAAGUUGGGGUCUGUUAGGCUUCCUUACAUGGAAAUUAAGUGUGCUGCAUGUACCAGUCCAAGUUUGUCCCUAGAAUGUAAUGAUCACUUUAUUCUGUCUUCUUUAUUGUUUACUUUCAAUAUUGUUGUAAUUGUAUGGUUUUUAUGAAGACUGAAAUUCUUAGCUAUUAAA